ACAUCGUGCGCACCUACCUGGGCCUCUCCUCCACUCCCAGGAAGCGCCGCGCCUGCGCCGCCCCUAAGAACCAACCCAGUCCCGCCACCGCAGAGGCUCCCGCCGCCAGGGAGAACAAGGGGUGCGGGCCCUCAGGGUCCGCCUCGCUCCAGCCCUCGCGGCUGCUCCGGGAGCUGGGCGUCCGCGUCUCCCGCUACACGCACGAGGAGCGCCGCGACGUCAUCACCCGCUAUAUGCAGAAGCGGGGCGGCCGCCAGGGCGUCAACCGCGCCGCCGCCAAGGUGCCUUCGAGGCAGGCCCUGGCGGAGCGACGCCGGAGAGGUGCCGGAGGGAAGUUCCUCAGCAAGGAGGAGGAGGCGCAGACUGCUGCAGAUAAACCUGAAGAGAAGGCAGAGGAAGAGGAGCCGGAAUUGCCACCCGAAGUUGUCGCGAACGCCGGGGGAGUACCUAUAGUUGGAAUGGUUUUCGAGAAUGAAGAGAAAGCAUACAAGUAUUAUGUUAGUUACGCAGGAGAUGUGGGAUUUAGUGUUCGAAGAGGAUUGUGGGAUAAAACAGCGAAAAGUGGCACCAGAUCAAGGUUUUAUGUCUGUUCCAGAGAGGGCUUUCGCUCAAAGAAUCAGGCCAGGAGACCGGGCCCAGAGACGAGGACGGGUUGCCCUGCACGGUUAUCUGUCAAAGUAACAUCCAGUGGAAAAUACCGAGUGACUGAGUUCGUUCAGGAUCACAAUCACCAGCUUGCCGGUCCAUUUGAUAUUGGGAUGCUCAAGUCGCAAAGAGUGUUUUCCAAGGCUCAAUCUGAAAAUGAAAAUGCCAUCAACAUCCCUCCAGGCUACAAGAAUUACCUUCGGACCAAGUCUACGAAAGAUAUGGACCCAGGGGAUUUCAGAGCUCUUAUGGAUUAUUUUCGAAGUAUGAAGAGUGAGAAUCCAUCUUUUUACUAUGCCAUCCAGGUGGAUGAAAGUGACAAAGCUGCUAAUGUCUUCUGGGCUGAUGCAAGAUCAAUCUUGGACUAUCAUUAUUUCAGUGAUGUGAUCUGCUUUGACAUGACCUACAAAGUGAAUGACUACAGCAGGCCACUAGCUUUAUUUGUAGGUAUGAACCAUCACAGGCAAAUGGUCAUAUUUGGUGCUGCUUUCAUGUAUGAUGAAACCGUUGCAUCGUUCAAGUGGCUUCUUGAGACCUUUAAGAGUGCCAUGUGUGGGAAACAGCCGAAGACAAUUUUGACAGAUCGAUCUGCUAAUUUGAAGGAAGCACUAGGUCUCACUUGGCCUGGUACAGCUCACAGUUCUUGUGUGUGGCAAAUAUACCAGAACGCAGUUAAGUCCUUAGCACAUGCUUUCAGUAUUUCAGAAGAAUUCACACAUGAUUUUAGCUACUGUGUACUUGACAUCGAGGAUGAGCAAGAAUUCCUUGACACAUGGAAUAUGAUAAUUGAGAAAUACAACCUUAAAGAAAACAAAUUUUUAAAUGAGCUUUAUGGAGAUCGAGAAAAUUGGGCCUUGCCAUAUGUCCGGCAUACAUUCUCCGGGGACAUUAAAAACAUGCUACGAGCAGAAACCUUUGGCAUCUGGAUCAAAGAAUACUUGGGUUGCGAGAAAGAGCUAUCCCCUUUUUUGAAGUAUUUUGGAAGUUCAUUUGAGAAGAGGAGGCAAGAAGAGAUACAAGCUGAUUACCAAGCCAGUCAAGGGGCACCAAGAGCACCUGUGCCACUGCUCUGGCAGGCUGCAAAUUGGUAUACACCAAUAAACUUUGAGUUGUUUAGGAAAGAGUAUGAACAAUGCAUGGACUGUAUGGUUUACGGUUGUGGUGAGUUUGGCUCUCUUUCUAAGUAUAUGGUUACAGCUAAAAGCAAAACUAAAGAACUACUUGUGCAGUUCGACUCAUCAGAUGGCACAGCUGCAUGUACUUGUAAAAAAUUUGAAACUGCUGGAAUUUUAUGCUGCCAUAUACUAAAGGUAUAUGAAUUGAGGAAUGUUAAAGAGACCCCCCCACAAUAUUUUCUUAAGAGAUGGAGUAAAGAUGCAAAGUUGGGGAUUAUUGGUGAAAUCAAUCGAUUUAAUUUUGGCAGUGAUACAAGAUCAUCUGUUCCAGAGCGUUAUGCAGCUCUUUGUCGUUUGUUCUAUAAGAUUUCUACUAAGGCUGCCGCAAACGGCGAGGCAUUUGCACUGGUGGCAAGCCAGUCGGAUCAACUUAUAGAAGGAGUUGAACGUACUUUGCAAUCUACACUGGCUGAUAAAUCAUCUAUUGUCCAUUCCAUUAGGGCUCAAUUAACUCAUAUGGAUCAGAAUGAUUAUCCUCUUGGUAAUAGCAAUGAAGCUCAGAAAUCUAUCGGAAAGAAGAAGAGUGAAGUUGCUCGUCGUGGAAAUGGUCUAGAGACCAAUAAAAGGCAGAAACGAAGAAAAGGCCCUUGUGAUGAACCAGCGGCUGGACCAAGGGAUGGGGAACUGACCAUUACACCUGACAGUAUGCAAACAGUGCCAAGGACUGCUACGGAUCAGUUCCUCCCAGAUCAACUAAUGCAUGGACAUUAUGUGCUUGGCCACAACUUUAGUCUUAGUACCUCACACAACCUUCAUGACGAUUUGAACCAGUUUGGUCAGGCUUCCACAGUUCCUACCCUACAACAGCAGCCAUUUCCCGGGAAUGGUCAACUAACUCAAGCCUAUCCCGGUGACAUGCAUGUGUUGCAAUUUAUGGGGACGAAUCCCCAAAUCGACCUUGAGAACAGCGAUCAGGGUGAAUCAUCGAUACCAGUGUGGGAUUUUCUUUGAGUUACGCCUUCACGUCACUCACAAACACCACUAAGGCUGUUAGCGUUUGUAUAUUUCUGUACAGCAAAUAGACUGUUAGAGAGGGGUUUAGAAACUGCUAGGAGUAGAUAUCUUUUUUGUGAAACAAUCUAACCCUCCAAGGCUGCAAUACAGUUAUGAAAUCUCCGGUUCCUGUUUAUUGCUAAUUUUGUUGGCGAGUUGUAUUUCCAUUUUGUGAAAUAUGUGAUUGUGGUGACUAUCGGAUUGUGUGAUGUUUAACAAGGGGUACCGAUUGUGUUGGCUUGAUUA